GCCUUCCACCCUUCCACAGGAAGUCGCAGUCGCUCGAGCGCGCUGAGGCGAGCAUUGCAGCAUGGAUGGUGUUGGGCUCCAGCUCUGCCUCCCGCAUCUCGCUGAACAGCGCAAGAACCUCCCGCCAAAGCCGAACUUUCUCGCAGGCGCGCAUGGCAGCGUUGUAGCUGAUGAGGCUGGGCUCCAAUUUCGCCUCCCGCAUCUCGCUGAGCAACAACAGAGCCUGGUCCCACCGCCCGCCUUUCUCACAUGCGCUGAUCCCGGCGCUGUAGCUGAGGUGACGUCGGGCUCCAAGUUCGCCUGCCAGACAUCCGCGAGCAACACCAAGGCCUGCUGCCAAUGCCCGCACUUCUCGCAUGCGCUGAUGACUGCGCUGUAGCUAUGACAUUGGCUACAACUUCCGCCUGCCACAGCAUCUCGCUGAGUAGCGCCAAGGCCUGCUGCCACUGCUUGCCUUUCUCACACGCGCUCAUCCCGGCGCUGUAGCUAUGGCGUUGGGCUCCACCCUCGCCUCCAGCAUCUCCGUGAACAGCACCAGAGCCCACUGCCACCGCUCGCCUUUUUCGCAGGCGCUCAUUCCCGCGCUGUAGCUGACGACGUCGGGCUCCAGCCUGGCCACGAGCAUCUCUCCGAUCAGCGACAAAGACAACUGCCACAGCCCCACUUUCUCGCAGGCGCUGAUUGCAACGCUGUAGUUGAUGACGCUGGGAUCUAUACUGGUCUCCACCAUCUCACUGAACAGCACCAGAACCCACCACCACUGAUCCACUCUCUUGCACGCGCUAAUCCCAGCGGUGUAACUGAUGGCGUCGGGCUCCAAGUUUGCCUCCACAACCUCGCUGAGCAAAGAUAGAGCCCACUGCCACUGCUCGCCUUUCUCGCACGCGCUGAUCCCAGCACUGUAGCUAUGACGUUGGGCUCCAGCUUCGCUUCCCGCAUUUCAAUGAGCAGCGACACGGCACGCUGCCACUGCUCGCCCUUCUCGCACGCUCUGAUCCCGGCGCUGUAGCACCGUACCGACCUCAGUGGCCUCCAACGACCCCUCCCGCAUCGCGCAAAGCAGCCGCAAGGCCCGCUGCCACUGCCCAUCCUUCCCGCACGCGCUUAUCCCAGCGUUGCAGCUGAUGUAACAUUGGGCUCCAGCUUCCUCUCACACAUCUCGCUGAGCAGCGCCAGCGCCCGCUGCCACUCCCCGCCCUUCUCGCACGCGCUGGUGCCAGCGCUGUAGCUAGAUGACGUCGGCCUCCAACUUCGCCUCGCACAUUUCACUGAGCAGAGCCAGCGCCCGCUGCCACUGCUCGCCCUUCUCGCACGCGCUGAUCCCAGCGUUGUAGCUGAUGUGACGUCGGGCUCCAGCCUCGCCUCGCACAUCUCGCUGAGCAGCGCCAGCGCCCGCUGCCACUGCUCGCCCUUCUCGCACGCGCUGAUCCCAGCGCUGUAGCUAUGACGUUGGGCUCCAGCUUCGCCUCCCACAUCGCACUGAGCACCGACAGUGCAUAUUGCCAUUGCCCGCCUUUUCGGCAUGCGUUGACAGUCGCAAUGUAUAGGCCUGGCCAGGGUUGCACACCUAAAUGGAAACAGUCGUGCAGUAACUGCACUGCUGCGCACCAUUGUGCUGUCCGACCACACUGCUUGAUUGACGCUUCGAGGGACGUAGCGCCUUCUCGAACGCCUCGACCGAUGUCUAGCAUCCCAGCCACCGCGGCGGCUUGAGCGAGGAGGGGGAGGGAGAUGAGAGGGAAAGGGAGGAGGAAGGAGGGGAAGUUUCUUCGGGCGUGGCCUGACGUCUAGCCUCGCACCCCAGCAGCAAGCCCGCCCAGGGGCGGCGAAAAAUGGCCCCGAGGCCGAGCCGGCAAGCACAGCGAGUGCAACAAAAAGGCGCGGCCAACACACAGCAGGAUCAGCAUGAGGAGGAGACGAUCCUCGCGCCAGAACAGCGGCAGCACGCCCGCGGGACCGAGCG